AUCCCAUCGUGUUGUGGCCGGAGAGACGAGAGGACUCCAGAGAGAUUCCGACACCGCUGGGCUCAGAUGCCGCCGCCGCCGCCGCCGCCGCAGCAGCAGCAGCAGCAGUCCGGCAUGACUCUCUGCCGCCUCCCCACGGCCACUCUUGGCCUUCCCCUUUCUCUCCCCUGUUUGCUACCUCGUUCCCGCCCCCGCCUGUGCUUCGCCGCACGUCAUGCCAGGGCCGUCGCCGCCAGGGCUUCCUCAUCCUCUCCAUCACCGGACUCUUCAUUCGGUUCGCGGAUGGAGGAGUCCGUCAAGAAGACGGUGGCCGACAACCCCGUUGUCAUCUACUCCAAGUCAUGGUGCUCAUAUUGCAUGGAGGUGAAGGCGCUCUUCAAGCGGAUCGGUGUGCAGCCCCAUGUUAUCGAGCUUGACCAUCUCGGUGCUCAAGGACCACAAAUACAGAAGGUAUUAGAGAGGCUGACUGGACAGUCUACUGUUCCUAAUGUUUUCAUCGGUGGAAAGCAUGUUGGUGGCUGUACAGAUACUGUGAAGCUGUAUCGCAAGGGGGAGCUAGCUAGCAUGCUGUCCGGCCUGGAUAUCAACAUUAACAACUCAUGACAAGUUUGACCAUGUUUUGCAAGUAUAGUUUUGAUGUUUGAGAGACUUGGGCAGUCAUGUAUUGAGUUUUUUUAACUUAUGCAGAUUCUUUAUGUCUGCAAGAAAAAAAAAAGCUGUGUCAUUUACACAUUUUUGUUUGGUACUCUGAUUAAAUCAUUGAAUUUGACCACUGUAUGCAAAUUGCUAGAAAGAAAAACGAACGAACUCACAGAUUAUGUGUUCUUGGC